CAAUAUGCACGGUCAUACGGAGGAGUCGGCCACAACUCACGAUAUUGAGAAGAAUAUUAACAUUUCUGACAAUAUUCACAAUAUUUCUGAUGAUACAGUCAAUCGUAUGGAGUGUACUAUUUCUGAUGAAAUAUAUGAUUCGUCUGAGCCAGUGCACCACGUGGAGGAGAAGCAGGAGCAGGAGGUUUGGGAGGAUCCGGACUUAAACAUGUUUACUGAAGACAUUCUUAGUACUGAAAGUGGAAAGGACAAUUUGAAAACACGGAUUUCCCCUAAGGCUUCGCCCCCCGUGCAUGGCUGCAAGUGCAAACUAUGCGGCAAAAUGAUUGGAAGGUUGAGCACCUUGGGAAGCCACGUAAGGAACCAACAUUACACAGCAAUAAGAGGUAUGGUUUCAAGGAAUUCGAAGACAAUGCAAAAAAUUGCUGCCGUUUUUAAGGAAAAAAAAAAGUGUUCGUGUUAAGA